UUCAUAUUUAGCCGUAAUUUUCAUAUGAAAAGCCAUUGAUUGACAUAAGGUAUUUCGCUCAUAGAAGCCAAAGCAGUUGUAGGCAAACAGUGCGGCUAGUUUUAAAUCCAGAGAAUCUGAACAUAAUUUAAAAUAAUAUUUAUCUUUUUAAUUUUGAUUUUAAAGCAUAUUCACAAAUAUAAAAAAAAAUUAAUAUUUACUAUAUAUUUUAUUGUUAAAACAUGGCGGACGUAACGGAGUUGCGUAUGAAUGUGACAGCUUUAAAAAGAGUGGACCCGUACGCAAAAGAUAUUAUAGAAACUGCUCGCCAUGUAGCAUUCUAUUCAUUUAAUUCCGAAGAGAAUGAAUGGGAAAGAACUAAUAUCGAAGGGGCGUUGUUUAUUUAUUCGAGAAACGGUGAGCCCUAUCACGGCAUAUUGAUAAUCAACCGACUCAAUACAAGUAAUUUAGUCGAGCCGGUCGUCAAAGGAUUGGAUUUACAAUUACAGGAACCGUUCUUACUCUAUAGGAAUUCUAAUAAUUGUAUUCGCGGCUUCUGGUUUUAUGACAGAGAAGAUUGUGUAAAAGUCGCUCAACUUUUGUCUAGAUUAAUUGAGGAUUUGCAAAAGCAAUCCAUUGUUCCUACAGAAAACAUGAUCUCCAAUGGUGGGGCGAUGGGUGAGAAUUCUGAUAUAUUUACUAUGUUAAGCCGAGCUCAAGAGGAUUAUCACAAUCAGAAGAAACAACCACCUACCACUCAAGAAAUUUCUGGAGCACCCAAAACAGAUUUAACAUCACAGAGUGUGAUGGACUUCUUUGCAAAGGCUACCACAUCCAGUCAAAAUACUUUACCUUUAUUUGCUCCACGAAAAGCGGAGCCUUUAAAUGCUGAUCCGAAUAUAUUGCAAAGGCUUAUGUCAAACCCAGCACACAGUGUGGAGCAUAUUGAAAAACAACAAAGGUGUGUUACACCACAGAACAAUACUGGUUUAAAUACAGUCGAAGCAGGUCGGAGAAAAACAAACAAGGUUGCCGAUAUUGAUAAACAGCAUUCACUGAAUGAGAACAAUUUGAAUUUCAUACGAAUUACAUCUCCGAAUCAAAUUUCAAUGAAGAAUGCAGUUGGUGAAGAAUCCCGGCCAUUAUCAGUACCAUUAAAUAACACAACGAACCAAACACCAGCUCUUAUGCCACCUACAAUGUUUACUUCAAAAACCAGUCAGGAUAAUAAUUAUUCCAAUACUUUAGAGCAAGCAGAUGUUUCUUUACGACCUGAACCUUUGACUAGAAAUCAGCUUUUGCAGGCAGUAUCAUAUCUUUUAAAAACAGACUCUGAUUUUGUGAAUAAGUUACAUGAGGCUUACCUUAAAUCUUUUAAUGAUAUUGUUCAGUGAGUUUCUUUUAUUAACGAAAUUGUUAUGUGAAUUGUUUUGAAUGCUUUAUGUUGAAUGUUUUUUAGUUAAGAAUAUGAUAUUUUAGUAAAGGCUAUGUAUGUUUCGUUGAGA